GCUGAGCGAGCAAGAUGAUCUCUACAAGGUGGUUUUCUGCUGAACUAAUGUUUUAGCUGCGCAUGCAGCCCUGCGCAGAUAUGCAAGGUUUAUGUGUGAAAAAGAUUAGAGGACAGUGUACAGCAAAUUAAUUAGGCACUUUAAUACAUAAUAAUGGCCGAAUUGGUGAAAGACUGGCUGGCGGACUAUCAACGCGCUCGCCGUCAGCCAGCCGACUCCGAGGCAUUCGUCGUCGAGCAUGAAACAGAUCCCGAAAUUGCCGAGGCCAUCUUCACAAUAUUCAGUGACAGGCAGCGAAACGAGGAUCUGAUCCAUGACAUUUGCCAGCAGCUGCUGGCCUUCUAUCGGGCGCCGGAGUUGACACUGCACAAGUUCCCAUUACAAUUCCUGCCAGUGCUGAUCUACACAUACCUGCAUGCAGUCGCGGCCGGCGAUAAGAAGGCAUCUCGCGGCGUCGAGACGCUGCUCAUAUGCAUUUAUAAUGGCGAGGUGUCCACCGAUGAUGGCGGCCAGAAGGUGUUCGCGUUUCGCAUGCCCAUCCUGGCACAGGCCUCCGUUUAUCAUGAGGUCAAGCAGCUGCCCAUGACCGAUUUGCGACGCUGGGAGGAGAACUGCAACCGCGAGGUCAAAUGGGGACCACAUUUGCGCAUCGAAUCGAUUAAUGCCCAGAACAGGAUGCGCAUCAUGGCGGCGCUGCUCUUCUGCUACAAUCAGCAGGUGAACCUCACGCAGAAGUCAUCGCUGCUGCAUCUUUGUCGUGUUGCCUCACAGAUGGUCAACCAGGGAUUCACCACCAAAUCUGGACAUGGACAUCGCAUGAGCUAUGGCUCCGAUCCAGCAACGGGCGCUACAUUUCCCAAGCCCUCGUCGCCGCGCAUACCACUCUCUGCGUCCUUUCUCAUCGAGCUGGUGCAUGCCAUCUACUAUGCCAUGUUCAAUGGCUUUGGCACAGUUGCUAUACAGACCCUGGAGGAUAUACAUAAUCGUGCCAGCUACGAAAUGUUUACGGAACUGAUUCUAGUCACAAACGCUGUACGCAAUUCGCUGCAUGCGAAUCCCUCUGGUCAGCCUAAUGAUGGUCCCAUGGGUCUCAGUGUUGCGUUGACACCUGCUACAAAUACGGUGACGACCUCUGUCUCGAAAUCGAUGAUCACGAAUGCUUCAUUUCGUACGAAAAAGUUGCCCGAUGACAUUCCCAUACAAGUGCAGGAUCUCACAAUGCCACAGGCGACUCAGCAGCUGGCCAGCGUAAUGGAGGAAACGGAACCAAUUGUCAAGGAAUCGCCGUCGACCAAGGAAAGCAGCGGCACACGUACUUCCAUCAUCAGGCCCAGCAUGGAGGGCAUUAAAGCGCAGGCCCAUAAAGCGCUCGGCUUCAAAAAGUCAAAGGACAAGGAGAAGGAAAAGGAGAAGGAUAAGGAACCGCCAAAACCACCGCAACGUAAAUUUGACAAGCAUACGCAGCGCAAUUCGCUGCUGCAGUUGCAGACACCAGACACCGGAAUCGACUACGACAAGAGCCCGUUGACGGUCAGCAAGUCGAAGACAUACGAUGCCGUUGUCGAGCCGCAACCCACCGAUAUGCUGCCGCUGCAGACGCUCUCGCUGAUCAAUGAGAAUGGCAGCAACAGCUUCAGCAUGGAUAGCGACAUGAACGACGGCAUCGCCACCCUGGCUGGACCAGGCAGCGGCGUCGCAGCAUCACUGCAUAGCAAUACGACUUCCAUUACGAGCAGCGAUGUGCUGACCAAAAGCUUUGAGUCCAGCAUCGAAAUGACGCCCAUGGGUCACAGCACCAGCAAUGGCGGCAAGCUGACCGAACAUGGUCUCGAUUAGAGCGUGCCCAACAACA